UCGCAGCCGCGGUGGCUCAGAGCUGCGUGGGGCGGCGCUGCCGCAGGUCCGGUUUCUCGGUGUGUCUGGUCGGUGCCAGCCUCCCCCCCUCCCUCCCCGCCCCCUCCCCUCCGAGGGGGCAGGGGCUGGGCGCGGGGCUCCCCAGAAUGCCCGGGAUAGCCCGGGCCGGGCGCGGGGACCGGCGGCGACCGCGUGCUGACUAAGGACCGCGGGCCCGGCCCCCCCGCUGGGCGGGCUCCUCGGUCCCACCCCCGCCCGCACCCCGCCUCCCGGCUCCUUCACGUAAGCCCCCCACCUGCCGCCUCCCCUCCCCCGCCGCAUCCUGCUCCUCCCGCCGCUCCGGCCGCUCCCGUGUCCCUCCCUCCCGCCACCCGCGUCGGGUCCUCCUUCCCCGCCGCUCCCGGCUCGGCGCACUCGGUCUCCCGCGUCCUCGGCCCCGCCGCCGGCCCAGCCCGUCCCCUUUGUGCGGGUCGCGCCUCUGCCCGUCCCCACGUCGCUCCGAGGCACCAUGCUGACCCCCAUGGUGGCCGGGGGGGUGGUGUUCCCCGGACUCUUCCUCCUCUCCAAGAACACGCUCCAGCGGCUGCCCCAGCUGCGCUGGGAGGAGGCCGACGCGGUCAUUGUCUCGGCCAGGCUGGUGUCCUCUGUCCAGGCCGUCAUGGCCUCUACAGCUGGCUACAUCGUCUCCACCUCCUGCAAGCACAUCAUCGAUGACCAACACUGGCUUUCCUCUGCCUACACGCAGUUCGCAGUGCCCUACUUCAUCUACGAUAUCUACGCCAUGUUCCUCUGUCACUGGCACAAACACCAAGUCAAAGGGCAUGGAGGUGAUGAAGGGGGUCCCCGCGCCCCUGGCAGCACCUGGGCCGUGGUGCGUGGCUACCUGCACAAGGAGUUCCUCAUGGUGCUCCACCACGCCGUCAUGGUGUUGGUGUGCUUCCCGCUGUCGGUGGUGUGGCGUCAGGGCAAGGGAGAUUUCUUCCUGGGCUGCCUGCUGAUGGCAGAGGUCAGUACCCCCUUCGUCUGCCUCGGCAAGAUCCUCAUCCAGUACAAGCAGCAGCACACGCUGCUGCACAAGGUGAACGGGGCCUUGAUGCUGCUCAGCUUCCUCUGCUGCCGGGUGCUGCUCUUCCCCUACCUGUACUGGGCCUACGGGCGGCACGCCGGCCUGCCCCUGCUCGCCGUGCCCCUCGCCCUGCCCGCGCACGUCAACCUGGGCGCCGCGCUGCUGCUCGCCCCUCAGCUCUACUGGUUCUUCCUCAUCUGCCGCGGGGCCUGCCGCCUCUUCCGGCCCCGGGGCUCCCCGCCGCCCUCCCCCUGCCCGAACCAGGACUGAGGGUGGGGCCAGAGCACCCCCCUCCCCAGCCCCUGUGUAGCAACCGGGCUCUGGGACUGCUGGGUGGGGGUGGGGAGCCCGGGUCUCUGGCCCUGACCGCCCAGGACUGACCGACAGACGGACGGACCCCGGGGCAGGGCGCAGGAAGCAGGUGAACUGGAAAGGCGGGGAAAGGGGUCUCUUCUCCCUGCAGUGCCUGAGCUGAGGGCAGCGCACCCUUCCUGCAUACCCCCUUCUCCGAUCACCAAUCCUGGGGCCCUGGAGAAGCGCAGGACUGACCAAGGACAUCUUCCGAGGGCUUGGGGGGUUGCUGUGUGGACGGCUCCCAAAGGGCUCCGGAGAGUAGGAGUCAAAGAAGGAGGGGGACACCGCUGCCAUGGCCACCCCAGCCCCCUGCUGCAAACUCUAGCUCCCUGUCAUCUGGGAGGGAGGGGCACCCUAACUCGCCCCCUCCCCCCUGGCCUCGCUUGGGGCUCAUUACGCCCACAACUCCUCUCCAGGGGAGGCCAGCCUGAGGAAGUUAUUUAUUUUAUUUAUUUGCCCUAAAUCAAACUAGUUGGUAGGGGUGGGGGUGCGGGUGUUGGCCCCUGCCUUCCCAGUGUUGAGCACUCCCAGGGCAGGCAGGCGGGGGGUGCCCGGCCCUUUCCCCAUUAGGCUGCACAUCUUGCCCUGGGGCCCUGGCAUGUCCCUGGUGCUACAGACCUCUCAAGGCUUCCUCCAGUCUGGGGUCGGGGGACCCUGGGAGGUGCUUUCCAGACCGCUAAUAAAGCCGAUCUGCGUGAACGCCA